UCAACCGAAGACGAUUACAUUUUACUUGCAGCAUUACAUGAUAUGAUGCUAUCUUCGUCACACCUUUAAAGCUAUAAUAUCUAAAAAAAAGAAACCUGUAUCUUCUGUCUCACUCCCCCCUACUCCCGAGUGCGCGCGCCACUGCUUGUCAUUACGUGUUUUUGUGUUAUCGGAAUCACACCUACUUUCGUAACGGCUUUCAGUAAUUUGAAAAAUGGGAAAAAGAAAGCGGUCAAGGUCGAGAGAUAGUGAUUAUAAUAGUAUUUUGCGGAAAGUUAAGAAGUUGGAAUCAAAAUUAAGGAAAAGACAGCGUUUAUCAUCAUCGGAAGAAAGCGACCACGCGGUUCGUUAUUAUGAUGAAUAUGAACAAUACGCGGAUAUGCCAGGAGAAGAUACCGCAAAUGAGGUCAUAAACAUCCACGAUGAUUCUCCGUUGGACCCAGCAGAACCAAUCGCCGGACCGUCUACACUGGUUUCAGUGACGGCACCACCUACUGUGCCUACAGCAGAAUCGGUAGCACCUGCGCAGGCUGGCCAGUCGAUAACGAUUGCAGAAGAAGCCCAAGCAUCACCGACGGUAGAUGAGAAUAUAUUUACAUUAGAUCCAGAUAUUCUACAACUACUAGGCGAGGACCCUACCAAUCAAAAAAAUUAUGGAGAUAGUCUUCAUAAAGACAUUGCGUCAAGGUGGACGCAUAUAUUAGUCAACGGGUUAUCUAAGGAAACACAAAUGGAGCUAAUGAAAUGCUACUUACCACCAGAAAAUUGUCCCAACAUGAAAGCUCCUAAAUUAAAUUUAGAAAUCAAGGCAGCUCUGUCAGAUGUUAAUAUUAAGAAAGAUCUAUACAGUCAAAGCAAACAAAAUCAACUUGCUAAUAGUCUUGCAGCUAUAGGACGAGCUUUGAAUUGGGCCUUGUCAUCUAAUAAUACAGUACCUCAGGAUAUUAUUAAAUCCCUCAGCGAUGCCGGUCGGCUCGUAUGUGAUAGCCAUUAUAAAGAGUCGCUAUCUCGGCGUUAUGCAGCGCUUAGUACUCUCAAUAGAAGCAUUAAAGAUACCGUCAAAAAUACAAACAUCGAUGAGCAUCUGUUUGGAUCUGCAUUAUCAGAACAUAUUAAGACCUCGAAAGCCAUAAACAAGACUGGUUCUGAAAUUAAACAAAAAAUUCAGCGUCCUCAGUAUAGGACCCUGUCAGCAACACAAACUAGGGGUGCUUUAAACUCGAGGGGGGCGCCGCCGCACGUAGCAGCAGCGGUCCAGCCGCGGCCGACCCCAGCACCGCGUCGACCACCGAGGGACCGCCGACAGGAGGCGCCGCGAGUCCGCCGCCCCACCAGCAACGCGCGGCACCAGACGCGGAGACGAUAGACGAAGAGGACGUCAGACAGAAUUCACCAUCCACUCCAUACGAGUCUUAUCCUGGUGGCAGCCAGAUUGUCAGGCAAUCAAUGAUUAAGCGCGGCGUUCCACCAGCGUCCUUAGACAUAAUGAUAGCUUCCUUUGCAGCUAGUACUUUAAAUCAAUAUAGUAGUUCUUUUAAAUCUUGGUGGAUAUAUUGUAAAGACAAAAAUUUGGAUAUUUUCGAAGCUGAUAGUUCCAAAGUUUUGUCCUUUUUAACAUUAAAAUUUGAAGAAGGUGCGAGCUAUAGUAGUUUAAAUACACACAGGUCUGCUUUAUCAAUUAUAUUAGGCACUCAUGUUACGGUUAAUGACUGUGUCAAUCGUUUCCUCAAGGGCGUGUAUAGGCUAGCUCCUCCAACUCCAAAAUAUAGUACUACGUGGGACACAAAUAUAGUGCUGAACUAUCUUUCAACAAUGUAUCCCUAUGAUAAUAUUGAUUUAGUUGAUUUAUCACACAAAACUUGUUCUCUUUUAGCAAUUGCAUCUGCGCAAAGGAUGCAAACUAUUAGUCUUAUAAAAUUAAAAAAUAUAUCAAAACAUGACAAUGAAAUUGUGAUUAAAAUUAGCGAUUUAAUUAAAACUUCAAAGCCCGGGGCUUGCCAACCACUCAUCAGAUUGCCCUUUAUUCGCACAAACCCCAGUAUUUGUCCGGCUCUGGCAGUUGAAACAUAUAUUGAAAAGACCAGAGAUUUGCGGCAUAAUUUGCCUGAGGAACACUUGUUUAUUGGAGUGCGUAGACCUCAUAAAAAAGUUUGUUCUCAGACGUUAGCACGCUGGGUUAAAACAGUGUUGCAGGCAAGCGGCAUAGAUAUUUCCGUAUUUGGAGCUCACAGUACCCGCUCGGCUUCCACAUCUGCCGCUUACCGAUCUGGAGUUAAUCUAGAGGUGGUCCGCAAGGCCGCGGGUUGGAGUAAUACCUCCAACGUAUUUUUUAAAUACUACCGUAGGGAUACUGCUAACAGUAAUAAUAAUGAUUUUGUAAAUGCCUUAUUCGGCACGUAAAUAAUUGUGAUAAUAUAGCUCGUAACUGCAGUAUCAAUUGCAUUUAUUUUAUUAACAAAUUAUGUUAAGAAAACGAUAAAUGUAUAUUGUCUGGUAAUAAAUGUUCUUAUGUUAUAUGAUUAAGCUGUACAAAAUCUAGCAAUUUUGUUCUUCAAUUAAAAUUUUCCUAAUUUUCUAACGUA